AUGGGGCUCUUUGACAGAGGUGUUCAGAUGCUUUUAACCACCGUUGGUGCUUUCGCUGCCUUCAGCCUGAUGACCAUAGCUGUGGGGACCGACUACUGGCUUUACUCCAGAGGGGUUUGCAAGACUAAAACUGUCAGUGAGAACGAAACCAGCAAAAAGAACGAAGAAGUCAUGACCCAUUCUGGAUUAUGGAGAACCUGCUGCCUAGAAGGGAAUUUUAAAGGUCUGUGUAAGCAAAUCGAUCACUUCCCUGAGGAUGCAGAUUAUGAAGCCGAUACAGCAGAAUAUUUCCUCCGGGCUGUUAGAGCCUCUAGUAUUUUCCCAAUCCUGAGUGUGAUUCUGCUUUUCAUGGGUGGACUCUGCAUUGCAGCCAGCGAGUUCUACAAAACCCGACACAACAUCAUCCUUAGUGCUGGCAUCUUCUUCGUGUCUGCAGGUCUGAGUAAUAUAAUUGGCAUCAUCGUAUACAUAUCAGCCAACGCUGGAGACCCCUCCAAGAGUGACUCCAAGAAGAACAGCUACUCCUACGGCUGGUCCUUCUAUUUCGGGGCCCUGUCCUUCAUUAUAGCCGAGAUGGUGGGAGUGCUGGCUGUCCACAUGUUCAUAGACCGGCACAAACAGCUGCGUGCCAACGCUCGUGCCACGGACUACCUCCAGUCCUCCGCCAUCACCCGCAUCCCCAGCUACCGGUACCGCUAUCAGAGACGCAGUCGCUCCAGCUCCCGCUCCACCGAGCCUUCACACUCCAGGGAUGCCUCUCCUGUCGGGAUCAAAGGGUUCAACACCCUGCCAUCAACAGAGAUCUCGAUGUACACCCUGACCAGGGACCCGCUGAAGGCAACCACCACCCCCACCGCCACCUACAACUCCGACAGGGAUAACAGUUUCCUCCAGGUUCACAACUGUAUCCAGAAAGAGAACAAGGACUCUAUCCACACCAACACAGCCAACCGCCGGACCACCCCGGUAUGAAGCCGUCGCCAGGAGCUGAAAAUGGGGCAGGAAUGGGCAGGAGGAGACGGG